UUCUUAAAUUGGAUUGUAUUUCAGAUCACUUUUAGUGUGCCGCAAGGCUUUGAAAUAGCAAGAACGGGGGUUGGAUGUGAAUGCGAUAGUUUGAAGCAGUAAAAUAGAAAGGGAGAGAGAUAGAUAGAUGGCAAUGCAGGGACAUGUAGGAUAUUUCCAGGGGGCUGGAGAACAACCUAAUACCGAGGAAGUUAAGGGUGAUGUUGGAUCUCGGUAUUCUGACAUUAAUGUACUGCUGGACCAAAUACUUAAUAUCACGGACCAAUCUCUAGACGAGGCACAGGCUCGAAAGCAUACUCUGAACUCCCAUCGGAUGAAGCCUGCUCUGUUCAGUGUUCUCUGUGAGAUAAAGGAGAGAACUGGAAUAACAACAAGGAAUCUAAAUGAUGAUGAUCCCCCUGAUCCCCAGCUCAUGAGGUUGGAUAACAUGUUGAUUGCUGAAGGAGUGGCUGGACCUGAUAAAACAGGAAGUGCUAUUGCUGCUCCACCUCCGGUAAGCAAUGAGACAAGUAUUGAGCAUUCAGAUUACAAGGCGCAGCUUGGACAGAUUAGAAAUAUAUAUCAUCAGGAACUGGAGAAGUAUGAUGUUUCCUGUCAGGAGUUCACUACUCAUGUUAUGAAUCUUCUCAGAGAACAAUCAAGGACCAGACCUAUCACACCAAAGGAGAUAGAGAGGAUGGUGAACAUUAUCCAGAGGAAGUUCCAAUCCAUCCAGGUUCAACUAAAGCAGUCAACCUGCGAGGCAAUCAUGAUUCUGCGCUCUAGAUUCCUUGAUCAGCGACGUAAGCGCCGAAACUUCACGAAGAAAUCAACUGAAGUUUUGAACGAAUAUUUUUACUCUCACCUCGCUAAUCCCUAUCCUAGUGAGGAGGCUAAGGAAGAGUUAGCUAGAAAAUGUGGGAUAUCUAUUUCACAGAUCAGUAACUGGUUUGGGAACAAAAGAAUUCGCUACAAGAAGAACAUUGUCAAGGCCCAGGAGGAGGCCAACAUGUACGCCGCUAAGGCCGCCGCCGCCUCCCUAACUCCUGGAGGCUCACCAGGUCCCAUGAUGUCCCCGCACUCUCAGUGGGGUGGAAGCCAGUAUUCCGGGGAUUAUUAGUUCAGCGGGGGAGUGGAUUUCUGUGUAAAGGAAUUUUUAACAUUUUGAUGUUUUAAUUGUUUAACCAUGGUUUCUUAAAUUGAUGC